AUGUCCGCCACGGCCAGAUGCCUCGAGGCGACGGAAGGGCCGGGCUCGGGCAGCAGCCGGUGCCUGUUCCCCGGGAAGGAGCACAGGACCAGCGUCACGGCGGCGGAGUUCAAGAGGUGGCUGAAGCAGUUCGACGCCGACGGCGACGGGCGGAUCAGCAGGCGGGAGCUCCGGGAGGCCAUCCGCCGCCGGGGCGCGUGGUUCGCCAGCGUCAAGGCCUGGUGCGCCGUCCGCCGCGCCGACAGGGACCGCAACGGCUUCGUGGACGACUGCGAGAUGGAGAGCCUCGUCGAGUUCGCCGGGGACGAGCUGGGCUUCCUCAUUUCCAAGGAGCCGACGACGCCCGACGGGCGCAACCACUGCAGGUGGUGA